UCCCCAGAAACAGCUGAUUAUAAAAAUGCAUUUUUAUCCGGUUUUGUUUUCGUACUAGUAAACACAUAAAAUGGCAUCGCCGGCCAACGGCGCCGUGAAAAACUACAAAGUCGUUCUGCUGGGCGAGGGAUGCGUCGGUAAAACCAGCCUCGUCCUGCGCUACGUCGAGGACAAGUUCAACAACAAUCACAUCAGCACUGUCCAGGCCGCAUUUUUAAACAAGAAACUUAAUAUCGAUGGCAAACGUAUAAAUCUGGCGAUUUGGGACACGGCCGGUCAGGAGCAGUUCCACGCACUGGGCCCCAUUUAUUAUAGGUCGUCGAACGGUGCCAUUUUAGUGUACGACAUCACCGACCAGGAUUCGUUUCAGAAAGUUAAGAGUUGGGUGAAGGAGCUCAGGAAAAUGUUGGGCAAGGAUGUGAGCCUUGUUAUUGCCGGCAACAAAAUUGAUCUGGAAAAGGACAGGAAUGUAAUCUUACAAGAUGCAGAGGAAUAUGCAAAUAAAGUGGGGGCAAUACACUGUCAAACAUCAGCGAAACAGAACACUGGGGUGGAAGAGAUGUUUAUGGCUUUAACAAAUAAAAUGUUGGAGGUCAGUGAGGAGAAAGAACAUCAAACGUCGCCGUUAAGCAGGCAGAACUCCCAACGUCGCAACGUCAUCAUUGUUGAUGAUGAAGUGGCGUCGCCAGCAAGCAAAAGUUGUUGUGGAAGUUAAUUUUACCACGUUUUAUCCCUGUAAAUAAUCAGCCUUUUUAUUAUUGUUUUAUAAGUAAUAAUUUUGCUAGAUCAAGCAGUAACAAUGACUCAGUUGAAUGAUUUUAUUUUCAUACUGAUUAUGUUGUUGUAUGUGAUAUAUUAUUGAUGAUAUACAUAUAAAGUUAUACACUAUUGGAUUUUA